UGGGGACAGCGAGGAGCUGGGUCAGGCCGGGGCGCGGCUCCUCGUAGGCUCUUGGCACUCCAACCGCGGCUCGGCUGAACGGCGGAGGAGAAGCGAGCAGGCCCUGCCGGACCCUCUUGCUUUGCCAAGGCCCAGUUGGUGAAGGAGGUGGAUAAAAGAUCUUACAGAUGGCAGAUAACAGUAAAGCAGAAGAUGCGGCCUCAGAUUCUGUGGAAGCUGCUAAAGGGACAGGUGACAAAAAAGAAAAAUUAGCAGCUCAAGUAAUGCAAAAUCCACAAGUGUUGGCAGCUUUGCAGGAACGACUUGAUAAUGCACCUCACACUCCCUCCAGUUACAUUGAAACCUUACCAAAAGCAGUGAAACGAAGAAUUGAUGCCUUGAAACAGCUUCAGGUGAAAUGCGCCCACAUAGAAGCUAAAUUUUAUGAAGAAGUUCAUGAUUUAGAGAGAAAAUACGCAGCUCUCUACCAGCCUCUCUUUGAUAAGAGAAGGGACUUCAUCACUGGUGCUGCUGAACCUACAGAUGAAGAGGCAGAAUGGCACAGUGAAAAUGAAGAAGAGGAGAAACUAGCUGGAGACUUGAAAAGUAAAGUAGUAAUAGAAGAAAAAGAACCAGGAGCAGCUGAAGAGACAAGUCCCAAAGGAAUCCCUGAUUUUUGGUUCACAAUAUUUAGAAAUGUAGAUAUGCUGAGUGAAUUAGUACAGGAAUAUGAUGAGCCAAUUCUGAAGCACUUGCAAGACAUCAAAGUGAAAUUUUCUGAGCCCGGACAACCUAUGUCUUUCACAUUAGAGUUCCACUUUGAGCCCAAUGACUACUUCACCAAUUCAGUUCUGACAAAAACCUACAAGAUGAAAUCGGAACCAGAUAAGGCAGAUCCUUUUUCAUUUGAAGGCCCUGAAAUUGUUGACUGUGAGGGAUGUACUAUUGAUUGGAAGAAAGGAAAGAAUGUUACAGUUAAAACAAUAAAGAAGAAACAGAAGCACAAGGGUCGAGGCACAGUCAGAACAAUUACUAAACAAGUACCCAAUGACUCCUUUUUUAACUUCUUCAGUCCAAUAAAAGUUUCAGGAGAUGGAGAAUCACUGGAUGAAGAUUCGGAGUGUACUCUAGCUAUAGAUUUUGAAGUUGGGCACUUCUUUCGUGAAAGAAUAGUGCCCCGUGCUGUACUCUAUUUUACUGGGGAAGCUAUCGAGGAUGAUGACAAUUUUGAAGAAGGAGAGGAAGGAGAAGAGGAGGAAUUGGAAGGUGAAGAAGAAGGGGAGGAGGAUGAAGAUGCAGAGAGUGAACCUAAGAAAGAUGCCAGCCAGCCUGCUGAAUGCAAACAACAAUGAGGAAAUACCACUUCAGAGUGAUAUUUGAACAACCUGUAACAAAUAUUUGGAUACCUGGCCUGCAGUUCAGGAUAUUCCAUUGCUGCAGCACAAUCUUAUUAACAAUGCUUAAACUAAAUUGGUUUCAAAUGCAUGAUUUUCACUAACUUUUUUCUUAUUUUUGCUUAACUUGUACAGUGGCAACUUAAUGCAUUUGAGAAAUAUGAGGUUUAAUUAAAGCACACUCUACAGCCUUUGGUACACUGCAGCUGAACUGUCUCAGUAGGCGUUCCAAUCAAAAUAAAUAAAUAAAUAAAUAAAUAAAUA